AUGCGGCUGCUACGCACAUUACUGGCAUCAGCAUCGGUGGUGGCAAGCGCAGCUUCGGCGAUGCCAUGGUUGCCGAUCGAUCCAUAUGCGCCCACCGCGGGUGCGACUGUGCCUACACGCGACUCGCUCGACCUGAACGACCCUGCGAUCUCUGUAGCCGACUAUGUAACGUACAAUGGCUCUUUUUGCGAAGAUGCCGUGUAUUCGGCGCUGGACCUCGACAGUGGUGAUGGCAGCGGCGAUCCUGAUUUGCCUGGAUGGAUCGACCCACGCACGUACGGCGGCUCGAUGCUCGACCUCGUCGGUAACGGCCUGCGUGAGCCCAUCAACGUAAUCAUCUCGGGCAAGUCGGACAAACACGUGCUCUCAGACCUCGGCCUGAAAGACUACAUUCGAACAAUCGGGUUUUCGUUCGAAUGUCUAAACCUGCAUAUGGGCAAUCUGCAACGUGCAGAUCUAGGAGAUGGCAAGGGCUGGACCCCUGAGAUGUUUGAAUACCGCGAAACAGGCUUCCCAGGAGCACCGGGUAGAUGGGUGGGUGCGUGUUGGGAGUCUUUGUACGGCGGCAACCAUUUUCGGGUCUGGAAGCAGAACGGUACAUUGGCCAACACGGGCGCUUGGUUCCUAGCUGUGAGCAAGGAGAAGAACCUCAAGUAUCACCAUACCAUUGAUCAGGACGGGUACAAUGCGGGCCGAGAUCUGCUCGUUGCUGCUGCCGAGAGAGGUGGAAAGUGGAACAACGUGUACUACAAGGCGGAAGUCGAAUGGGUGGAUGGACUGCUGGAAGCCGGACGACACGGCAUCAAUCACAACAUCGGUCAAGACGGAAGGACAGCCAUCUUGACCGUCAAGAAAGUCGACGCGCUCUCGAGAGGAUUCUUCUUCUGGGGGUUCGAAGCCAUCACCAAUUGGAUCGCUGAACGCAUCGCUGCCAAGCUCGGAAAGCUGUUACAGCAACUAGGCAUCCUUUAA